CUGCCUAACCCCAACAAACCACCCCCCAUUUCGGCAUUCGAAAACCUUGAAACACCAAACACCAGACCCUCAGUCCCUCUCUCUUCUCUCUGUCUCUCAGUUUCUGCACUGUUCACAAUCUCCAUGGCUCGCCUCAGCGCUUUGGCUUUCGUUUUCUUGACGGUGUUUGCCUCGGUUGUGUCUACCUUAGAAGGAAGAAGGCUUUUCGACACGAAUGAGUACCAGUUCAAGAAGAAAGCUGCGUCGAAUUCGUUGGAUGGAUCUCUGUUCCUGAGUGCCCUUCCGAAGGGUACGGUGCCGGGUUCCACCCCAAGCAAGAAGGGUCAUGCGUUCGUCGUCGACGAGAAGCUCGUUGCUCGGAGGCAUCUGGUUGGCAACGAUCGGUUUCUGCAGUCUGUUCCCAGCCCAGGCGUUGGCCAUUAGUACUACUACUACACCAGCCGGUUUUAUGACUUUAUCAACCAUAUAUUUUUUCAUUAGUUUCUAUACAAUUUUGGGGGUUUCUUUAGCCGUUUCUUUAGUGUUGGGUUUAGUUGAGAAUUUCAGCGCAGUUGUUUAAUUGCAAUGUACAGACAGUGUAGUAGUGAUUUCUCUUUCAUCUCCUUUUAGUGGGAUCCAAUUUGUAACUUGGAUCCCCUUACAAUAUUGAAGACACAGUUUACAAAUAUUUGUAACCAAAUUUAACUUUGCUCUUCUUCUUCUUCUUA